AUGCUGGGGUUCUUGGGGAGGAAGAGCACACAGAGCAGGUACGUACGCAUGGACGACGUUCUGCCGCAGGAUCAGGAAGGGGUGGAAGACGCCGGCGGUGGCUGCAGUGUCCCUGUUCGCGGGGAGGCAAGGCGAUAUGUGUUCUUCUGCUCUGUCUUCGCUUCCCUCAACCACGUCCUUCUUGGUUACGACGUUGGUGUGAUGAGCGGCUGCAUCAUCUUCAUUCAGAAGGACCUCCACAUCAACGAGGUGCAGCAGGAGGUGCUCGUGGGCUGCCUCAGCUUCAUCUCCCUGCUCGGCAGCCUCGCUGCUGGACGGACCUCGGACGCCAUCGGCCGGAAAUGGACCAUCGGCCUCGCGGCCGCUAUCUUCCAGGUGGGCGCCGCCGUGAUGACGCUCGCGUCGUCAUUUGCGGUGCUCAUGGCCGGGAGGCUGCUCGCCGGCGUUGGCAUUGGGUUCGGCCUCAUGGUCGCGCCGGUCUACAUCUCCGAGAUUUCCCCGGCGGCGCUGCGGGGCUCGUUCGCCUCCUUCCCGGAGAUAUUCAUAAGCCUCGGCAUCCUCCUCGGCUACGUCUCCAACCUCGCCUUCGCAGGCCUCCCAGACCACAUCAACUGGCGCGUCAUGCUCGCCGCUGGCAUCCUCCCUUCAAUCUCCAUCGCGUUCGUGCUCACUGUGAUCCCAGAGUCUCCGCGGUGGCUGGUCAUGCAGGGGCGCAUAGGUGAUGCGCGCGCCGUGCUCCUCAAGGUCACGGAGACCGAGGAAGAGGCAGAAGAGAGGCUCGGCGAGAUCGAGGAGUCAGCGCGCGCCACGGCUGCCGACAAGGCGGUGUGGCGGGAGCUCAUGAGGCCGUCACCGGUGGUCCUCCGGAUGCUGGUGGCCGGGCUGGGCGUGAUGUUCUUUCAGCAAGCCACUGGCAUCGACGCGCUGGUCUACUACAGCCCGACCAUAUUCCGGGACGCUGGUAUCACCUCGGAGGGCCAGCUGCUCGCCGCCACUGUUGCAGUCGGGCUCUCCAAGACGGUGUUCAUUGUGAUCGCCAUCGCUCUGGUGGACAACGUUGGGAGGAAACCCCUGCUCUACGUCAGCACGAUCGGCAUCACAGGGUGCCUAGCCACGCUCGCCGGGGCGCUCUCCCUACUCGCGCGAGGCAUGCUGCCGAGCGGCGUGGCGAUCGGGCUAGCCAUCCUGACGGUGUGUGGCUUCGUGGCCUUCUUCUCGGUGGGGAUCGGACCCGUCAACAUGGUGCUGAGCUCCGAGAUCUACCCGCUGAGGCUGCGCGCGCAGGCGGUGGCCACCGGCCUGGCGGUGAACAGGCUGACCAGUGGCGCCGUGGCCAUGUCAUUCCUCUCCAUCUGCCGCGCCGUGUCCGUCGCGGGCGCCUUCACGGCCUUCGCGGCCGUCUCUGCGCUCUCCGUGGUGUUCGUGCACAUGUUCGUGCCGGAGACCAGCGGCAAGUCGCUCGAGCAGAUCGAGUCGUUGUUUGGCAGCAACAUCGGCAGCGGUGGCGAGGUGGAGCUCGCCGACGGGGAACACCUGGUGCACAAGCGAUGA